AUGUUUGCCAAAUCGAGUCGCGGAAGCGGCCGUGGGCCGCGUUCGUAUGAGUACUCGGGAGCGGGAUUCGCCCGCGGUGGGGCGAACAAGAACCUGGCGCGUGGCGGAAGUCGCCGUGGUUGGCGCGGAGGUGCUCGGAAUCCACCACCGCCGCCGACGCAUCCGGUUGCGGAGCCACCGGCGGCUGCGCCAGUACCGGAGACACGGCCGCCGCCACCGCCGGCUGAUCUCGUUGCCGCCGAAGCGCCCAGACCCUUCGACGCCUCCAAGGCUGGCGUCGACCCUGCCCUCGUUCUCGCCAUGGCGCCCCGUCUUGGCCCCCUAGCCCUCGAGACUGUCCUUCAGAACUGGACGCGCCAACAAAUCCGCAACAAGGCAGCCGAACAGAAACCGCCCCCCGCCACCCACUCCUACCCCAUCGCCACGCUCCUGCAACUCCGCGAACCCUCCAUCAGCACGCAUGCACGACGUCGGUCGCAGCCGGGGAUUUCGCCAUCGGGUACGCGACAGCGCGAAGCGCUGGCGAAUAAAGAGUGGGUACGUGCACCGGUGCCGCCGCCGCCAGUGGUGGCGCCGCAGAAACGUCCGGAAUUGUCGCGGCCGGUUGCACUGCGGCGGCAUACGAAGAGUUUGUUGAAUAAGUUGACGGUGGAGAAGUUUGAGGCGAUCGCAGACCGGUUGGUGCGGGACAUCCUUGAGUCCUGUGCGGAUGAGGAGGAGCUUUCGGUUGUCGUUGAUGAGGUCUACAAAAAGGCCGUCUCCGAACCCGACUUCUCGGAAAUGUACGCCGACCUGGUCCUAGUUCUACGCGCACGCUCACCCCAGUUCCAAAAGGACGACCAGGAUGAACCCAGAAAGAAGCCGGUCGACUUCCAGCGUUGCAUCGUCUUCCGCUGCCAAGACGAGUUCGACGCCAUCACCCAAUACGACCCCGCCGCCGAGGAAGCCGCGCUGGCGCAACUCUCCGAAGAAGACGCAGAAGCAGCACGCAUGAAGAGGAAGCGACUCAUCCUCGGCAGUCAGCCACACCCCCAUCCCUCCGCACACCAACUACCUACAUGGUACCAAUCGCCAACGACAACUUCUGUAGAUAUGCGAUUUAUUGGCGAACUAUUCAUGAGAAAAGUGAUCUUGAGCCCCGCCUUGAAAUCAGUUGUUUGUACUCUCAUCGUCAGCAACAGAGCGAGACCCGAACCGCAUAUCAUCGAAUGCAUGUGUGAGCUCCUAACAACCAUUGGCUACGCCCUCGAGACACAGUGUAAAGAGACCUCCAAAAUAAUCCUCACUACUCUGAGCGAUCUACGCGAAUCUUUCGACACACGCAUCGACUGCAAAAUCCAGGACCUCAUCGAUCUCGCAGACAAUGGAUGGCGACAACGAAAUGUUUUCAAGACCAAAGCCACCACGCUCAAUGACGUCGAGUCUCACAUACUUGAGUCGAAUGUUGCUGGCGUCGAAUCCGAAUACCCCUACAAGGACUACGUAUAUAGAUUGGACGACGAAUACCGGCAAAAGAAGAGCGAGGCGAAGCGCCAAAAGCAGCAGCAGUCUUCCUCGCCCUGA